UACAGUCGUGCCGUCGUGACGUUGGCGGUUGCCAUGGAGCUCCCCGCUCUGUAGGGCCGCGAGCCGGCACCAGGGGGGCCGCGGGGUCGCAUCGCGGCUUUGAGGUCCAGUCCGCCGCCGCCAUGAGCGGCCGGAGUAAGGGGAGACGGUCCUCCCGCGCCAAAGGCCGUGGCAAAAGCCGCGCCAAAGGCCGAGUCCGCGCCGCGCCUGACGACGCCCCGCGGGACCCGGACCCUCCAGAGUGCCAGAGGCUCGGGGAGGAGACCAUGGCGGCACAGGUGCAGGCUGGCGCGGGUUGGGGUGGCCCGGAAGGCGCUGAGCCCGCGCCGCCCCGCCGGCCCGGGGAAGAGGCUGCCUGCCGGCUGCCCCUAGACUGUGGCCUCGCGCUCCGGGCCCGGGCGGCGGGGACUCUCGGGCAGGCGGUGACCAGGCCGUGCCCGGCCAAGACCACAUCCGUCCCGGAGCGCCUGGUGACCGACACUGUCUUCGUGGGAACCGUGGGCACCGUGGCGAGGCCGAGAAACGGGCCCCGCGUCGGAAGCCGCCGCUGCCCUGCGGCGAAGAAGACCCCAGAUACCUGUAGUGCGGUGGGGAGGGGGUCUGCGGCCUUGGCCGGGGGGAAGCCGAAGAAAGGGGCCGCGGCGGAGGCCGCCUCCGUCCCCGUGGGCGAGGAGAAGAUUGAGAACGCGGGGUCAGGGCCCCCGGCGACAGAGGGCAGCAUGGAUACGCUGGAGAACGUCCAGCUGAAGCUGGAGACCAUGAACGCCCAGGCGGACCGGGCCUACCUGCGGCUCUCCCGCAAGUUUGGGCAGUUGCGGCUGCACCACCUAGAGCGCAGGAACCUCCUUAUCCAGAAUAUUCCAGGCUUUUGGGGACAGGCCUUUCAGAACCACCCCCAGCUCUCGUCCUUCCUGAACAACCAGGAUAAAGAGGUCCUCAGCUACUUGAAUAGCUUGGAGGUGGAAGAGCUCGGCCUGGCGAGACUGGGCUACAAAAUCAAGUUCUACUUCGGGCGCAACCCCUAUUUCCAAAAUAAGGUGCUCAUCAAGGAAUACGGGUGCGGCCCUUCGGGUCAGGUGGUGUCUCGUUCCACUCCAAUCCAGUGGCUCCCCGGGCACGACCUCCAGACCCUUAGCCAGGGGAACCCCGACAAUAGCCGGAGCUUCUUUGGGUGGUUUUCAAACCACAGCUCCAUCGAGUCUGACAAGAUUGUGGAGAUAAUCAACGAGGAGUUGUGGCCCAAUCCCUUACAGUACUACCUGAUGAGUGAAGGGGCCCGUGCAGAGAAAGGAAAGGAGGGCAGGCCGGGUCCUGCGAGGCCGCCAGGGGAGACCCCGGAGCCUGGGGUAAACAAGUCCAACUGAUCCUGCUCAAGUGUGCGUCCUACCUCUUGCUGGCCUCGUGCCUGGCUGGCCUUGGGUCUUUGGCUGUCUGCCUUCUCUUCGUGUUGGCCUCUGCACACUGUUCCCGUUGGACUUCACUUACAAGAAUAUGGCAUUUAUGAUCAUGUUCUUUUGCCUCCCCGUGACAUUCUUGCUUUUUCUUUACAUUAGUAUCAUAUGUUAUGUGAUCUCGCCCCUCCUGUUUAUUUGUUAAACUCACUUGAUUCCAGUGUGUGCUGCCUUUCUCUACAUUGCUUGGACCUUGUUCUUGGCUCUGGCCUUUCCCACCUGUCUUUCAUGUGGACACUCAUGAGUCAAUCAGCAAGAGGACCAGCGCAUCCUCAAGCUCUGCUACUUCAGGGCCGGUGACUUGCCGGGCUUUGAGUUCAUGCCAGCCAUGCAUGCCAUCUCUGGCAAGCUUUUCGGUUGCCACUGCAGAAUGAAGCUAGUGCACAUGGCAUUGGCCAUCAGCCUAAACUGAUUGUCUCUUGGCUCUGGGGUUACCAGCCAAGGUGCCACCUGCAGGAUCUCUGGCUUUGGCCAGGGACCUAUGCUGCCCUCCUAGACACGGGUUGAGGUUCAGGGUGAGAAGCAGUUUGCUGUGGGUUCUGUACUGUUCGGCAUCUCUUCCUGCCUCUGGGCCUUUCUCCUUGUAAACCUUUGUCAAGGUCUGCAUCAUACCUCAUCACUGUCAGGCCAUUGAGUUUUGUCUAGGUUGCCAGUCGGCCCCAAUUGGCUUCCUGGGCAACAAGGACCUUGAGAACUGCCUGUGGACACAGGCCCUCUGCCGGUGCAUGAGACACACACCUACCCUCUACAGCCUUCCAGGAUCCCUGCUGGCUGCCGGACUGAUGGGCAGGCUGGUACGUGUGGACAUGUGCUCACUGUCGUCAAGCUGUGGCUGCAGAUGAGGGUGACUACUGGACUCACUUAAAAUCUAGGCACCUUUAUCUACUCCCCCCAUCCCUGCCUCACACCUGAUGGACUCACCUAUAACCUAGGUGUGGCCUUGUGUUUUGUGGAAGAUUAUGUGCUACUUAUUUUGUCUUUGAGUAAAUCUUACCAUUUCCCCCAUUUUUUGCCUAAUGGGAAAAUAGAAUUGUACAGGUCGGCUUUUUCUUUUUUUAAGAAAAGCUUUUUCCUCUUUAUUAUGGACAUUUUCAGACACACACAGAAGUGGAGAGACCCCAUGUGCUGUCACCUAGCUACAUCAUUUAUCAGUUAUGGUCAACCCAGUUUCAUCUGCAUCUCCAUCUCCCCGCCUGUAUUGUUUAUCGAAAGUCCAAGACACUGUGCCAGUUCAACUGGGACCACUUUGGGAGACUGAGAAACUCUGCUGGUGGUGAUCGUGGUGGGGUGCACUCUAUCGUAUCAGGUCUGCUUUUUGCUUUUCAUGUUAACUAAUGACGUUCCAGAGAUGGGCCUUCGAAAUGAAAGUCUUCAGAAUUGACAAGAAGUAUCAAAAAGUAAUGAGGCUGCCUUUUCCCUGUGUCCACAAGAGGAAAGAGAGAUUGCUCUGUUGUAAACUCUUUCAAAGACUUAUCUAUCAGUCUUUGAUAAGGUGCUUACUUGAGACCUUUCAUCAGAAUAACAGUCUUUUUUUCCCCUGUAAGAUGGAGACUAUUACAAUUAUCAGCGUGUCCUGGUCUCAUGAUAUAACUCUGAACUUGAAAGUAAAGUAUAAUUUGGAAAUUGUUGCUGUGUUCUGUGAAAAUAACCUCCUCAAAGUAAUCAGUAAUCGGUUGUCUUACUUGGUAAUUUGGCACUCUGGUAAUAAUGCAAUUAUUUCUCUGUUCUGAAACAGUAUAAAUAGUUGUAAGCUUGCAUGUGUGAUGGAAACAAUAAAAGCUUGUAUCUCUUA